AUGUUGGACAGUUUAAAGUUAUUUAUUAUAGGAUUAAUCGUAGUCAUAGAUUCUGUUGUGAGAAUAGAAACGGUGACAGUGAAUCCUUUGUGCCCAACAAACAAAAUAGCUCCCCAUAAAAGAGUACCGCGAUAUGAAAAUAAUAAUCUAAGAACUUUUGGCGCAUAUUAUGAUUUAUUAGCACCAGGUAAUACACACCAUCCGCCAAGCAGUCUUCAAGAGGAGCCACAAUCUGAUGAUCCUAAUGAUUGUGGGGAAAUAGAAGAUUAUGAUGAAAAUGAUUUGAGUUCAAUCACUUCACAGUCAUUGAGAAGGCAAGGACUAGAAAGCAACCGUUUUUUCUUCAGUUGGCUACAACAACUGUAUGCCAACGGUAUAAAACCAACACCCACUCCAGUACAAACACCACCUCAUUAUAUACCAACUCGUCCACCAGCGGGAGGAUACUUUGGAAGUAACUUUUAUACACCACCAAAGCCACAAGAACCCACGAAUAACUUAAAACCUGUAAAUGAAGCUGGUGGUGACCAACAAAACAUUGUGUAUCGACCGGGCAUAGUAGGAGGCCCUAGUGGCCAUAUUGUCGGUUUACCUCAAGCAAUGAUAAAACCGAUAAGUGAUUCCUCUAGAAAUAAAAAUCGUAACAUAAAGCAUAAUCAUGUACAUGCGAGUGCAACACACGAUCACGCACACGCACAAACAAAUUCCCACAUCCAAAAACCUAAUCGAGGAAGGAAAUUGAAUAGUAAUGGAAUAUUGAGUUCUUUUCUUGAUUUAUUACAU